CCUAUAGUAACCUUUGAUCCCGGAGACUCGUGGGCCGGACUCCUGCCCAUAUCCUCUAACGCCAAUGAGACUCGCAAGCUAUUCUUUUGGUUUUGGCCUGCCGUAAAUGAGUCGCGAAGCCAAGACUUCAUCUUCUGGACCAAUGGCGGGCCGGGCUGCUCAUCUCUGGAAGGUCUAUUACAAGAAAAUGGACCUAUUUCAUGGUCCUGGGGUCAAGCACAACCCACACAGCGAGUGCUAGUCUUAAAUCCUUGGUCAUGGACAAACUUGGCGAACGUAAUUUGGGUGGACCAACCAGUCGGCACAGGCUUCAGCGAGGGGACGCCUGAUAUUGCUGACGACAGUGACUUAGCCAGAGAACUCGUUGGAUUUCUCCAGCAAUUUCUAGCUGUUUUCACCGAGUUAAGCGGCAGCAACUUCUAUCUGACUGGGGAAAGCUUUGCGGGAUUUUAUAUUCCUUAUAUUGCGAAUUAUAUAUAUGAAAACCCCGGCAUUCUCGACUUGAACCUGCAAGGCAUCUGGCUAUCAGAUCCAAGCAUCUCGCACGACGUCGUGGAAUAUGAUAUCCCUGCCUUCGGGUUCGUCAAGGAGAACCAAGCGUUGUUCCCGCUCAACAGCACGUUCAUGUCCCAUAUCGAGCAAGCUUCAAAUUCCUGCGGAUAUACCACCUAUGUGGAUACCUACGCCACUUACCCGCCGGCAGGACCUCUACCGCUGCCUGGCGGGACAGUGAAAAUUCCUUCGCAGUGCAAAAUCCGCGACGCAGUAACAUCAGCAAUGCAACUGAUAAACCCGGCAUUCACGAAAUACAGGGUAUCGAACGCAUGGCCUAUACCUUGUAAAUACGUCCCACUUAUGUGCACCAUAGUAACACUGAGCUUGUCCUGUUGCAGGACGGAUGUCCAAGAUGCAAUCCAUGCGCCUCACAAGAAUUGGGUCGGCUGCACGACUGAAGGACUGUACACAGGCGGGCAAGACACCUCCACGCCAUCGGCGCUCAGUAUCCUACCUUCCGUGAUAGAAAGAAGCACGAGGACUGUCAUCGCCCAGGGACUAUUUGUAGGCUGUUAUCGGAGAAACAUGACAUGGGGUGGUAAGCAAGGAUUUCAGACGCCUAUUGAGCCCGAAUCGUUCAACGUCGAGGAUGUCAUGGGAGGGACUGGCGUCUCGGGUAUCUAUGGGAACAUGCACACCGAGCGGAGUUUGACAUAUGUCGAAUUCUAUUUCAGUGGGCAUUACACACCUCAGUUUGUACCGUGGGCAGCCUAUCAAACGGUCGAGUACUUGGUUGGACUACGGGAGUGCCCCUCCUCGAACCUGACAGAUUGCACAUGA